GAUCAAUAAUCCAAACCCAAAAAAAGAAAACCAGAGAAGAGAGGAAAAAAAAAUGAGAGGUUCUUGCAAAGUCACUGUAGUUCUUCUUCUGGUUUUAAUCAAUGGUGUGUUUGGAGAUAACCCUUAUAGAUUCUUCACCUGGAAAAUCACUUAUGGUGACAUUUAUCCCCUUGGUGUUAAACAACAGGGAAUAUUGAUAAAUGGGCAGUUUCCUGGACCUCACAUUGACGCAAUCACAAAUGAUAAUAUCAUUAUUAGUGUUUUCAAUUACUUGAAAGAGCCUUUCCUCCUUUCUUGGAACGGAGUGCAACAGAGGAAGAACUCAUGGCAAGAUGGAGUCGUAGGGACAACAUGUCCAAUUCCACCUGGCAAAAACUUCACUUAUGUAAUCCAAGUCAAAGAUCAAAUUGGUAGCUUCUACUAUUUCCCUUCUCUUGCCUUCCACAAAGCCGCUGGUGCAUUUGGAGCCAUCCGUGUCUGGAGUCGUCCUCGCAUCCCUGUCCCGUUCUCUCCCCCUGACGGUGACUUCUGGCUUCUCGCUGGGGAUUGGUACAAAACAAAUCACUAUGUUUUGAGACGUCUGUUAGAGGCCGGAAGGAAUCUACCGAAUCCAGAUGGAGUUCUCAUCAAUGGUCGCGGCUGGGGAGGCAAUACCUUCACCGUUCAACCUGGUAAGACCUACAGAUUCAGAAUAUCAAACGUCGGGGUUGCGACUUCAUUAAAUUUCAGAAUCCAAGGACACACGAUGAAGCUCGUUGAAGUAGAAGGGUCUCACACUGUUCAAAACAUCUACACUUCACUUGACAUUCAUUUAGGACAGUCUUAUUCUGUCCUCGUGACGGCUAACCAAGCGCCUCAAGACUAUUACAUCGUCAUCUCCUCGAGGUUCACGCGAAAAGUCCUCACAACGACUUCGAUUCUCCAUUACAGUAACUCGAGAAAAGGCGUCUCUGGCCCUGUUCCAAAUGGUCCCACUUUGGACAUUGCAUCUUCGCUCUACCAAGCUCGAACUAUACGGAGGAAUCUUACCGCGAGUGGUCCGAGACCGAACCCGCAAGGCUCGUAUCACUACGGUUUGAUCAAACCAGGCCGUACGAUCAUACUCGCCAACUCGGCUCCUUGGAUUAACGGCAAGCAAAGGUUCGCCGUGAACGGUGCCUCGUUUGUUGCGCCUGACACACCAUUGAAGCUCGCCGAUUACUUCAAGAUUCCCGGAGUUUUUAACCUUGGAAGCAUCCCAACGAGUCCCUCUGGUGGAAACGGAGGGUACCUUCAAAGCUCUGUUAUGGCCGCUAACUUCAGAGAAUUCAUCGAGGUUGUUUUCCAAAACUGGGAAAAUUCAGUCCAGUCUUGGCACGUCUCUGGUUACUCUUUCUUCGUCGUCGGAAUGGAUGGAGGACAAUGGACACCCGGAAGCCGAUCAAAGUACAACCUGCGGGACGCGGUUUCACGGUCCACCGUUCAAGUAUAUCCGAGGGCAUGGACAGCGAUCUACAUAGCGUUGGAUAAUGUUGGGAUGUGGAACAUAAGGUCGGAGAAUUGGGCAAGACAGUAUUUAGGGCAACAAUUCUAUCUCCGAGUUUACACUUCCUCUACUUCGUACCGAGAUGAGUAUCCACCACCAAAGAACGCUCUUAUGUGCGGACUAGCUAGAGGCCGCCACACCAGGCCAUUCUAGAAGGGAUAUUGGACGCGCCGGCUCAAGGGUUUCUUUUCUUUUUUUUUUCCUUAGAUUGAAUGAUUUCAAAUGUUUAGUAUUGUCACGAGAGGGUGGCAAAGAGUUGUGAGCUUUGUGGAUUUAUUCACUACGGCAAGAAAUUUAGGAACAAGAAAAAGUUGGAGCUUGACUUGAGCUUUUCAAUUUAAUUUUUAUGACGAAAUCAAAUGUUGUGUUCUUA